CAAUCCGUUACUGUGACCGCUGUCAAGUCAUCAAACCUGACCGCUGCCACCACUGCUCCGCCUGCGACAUGUGUGUGCUGAAGAUGGACCACCAUUGUCCCUGGGUGAACAACUGUGUCGGAUUCUCCAACUACAAGUUUUUCAUCCUCUUCCUGGCUUACUCGCUGCUGUACUGUUUGUUCAUCGCAGCCACCGUGCUGCAGUAUUUCAUAAAGUUCUGGACACUUUGCCGGAGGAAAUCGGUAGAGCACUGCCCAAAGAAUGAGCUGAAAGACACUCACGCCAAAUUCCAUGUCUUGUUUCUCUUUUUUGUGGCGGCCAUGUUCUGCAUCAGCAUUCUGUCUCUCUUCAGCUACCACCUGUGGCUCGUAGGGAAGAACAGAUCCACUAUAG